AUGGCUAUGGUGUGGGAAGAUCUUACAGUUGAGGUGCAGAAGAAGAAGAAGAAGGUGGUGCUUAAUGGAAUCACUGGUUUUGCUAAACCUGCUAGGGUUUUGGCUGUCAUGGGUCCUUCUGGCUGCGGCAAAACCACCUUCCUUGACUCUUUCACUGGAAAACUUGCUCCAAACCUUGUAAUGACAGGGAACAUUCUAAUCAAUGGGAAGAAAAAAAGCUUGAAUUCCAGAGAAGUGUCUUAUGUGGCUCAAGAGGACCUUUUCUUGGGAACUUUGACUGUCAAAGAGACCAUCGCAUUCUCUGCAAACAUGAGGCUUCCUUCCAAAAUGACCAAAGAAGAAAUAAACCAAGUGGUGGAAGAAACCAUAAUGGAAAUGGGUCUGGAAGAUUGUGCAGAUACAAGGAUUGGGAAUUGGCAUUGUAAGGGUAUUAGUACCGGUGAAAAGAAGAGACUUAGCAUUGGCCUUGAGAUUUUGACACAACCCCAUAUCUUACUUCUUGAUGAACCUACUACUGGACUUGAUAGUGCCUCAGCUUUCUUUGUGAUUCAAGCUCUAUGCAACAUUGCUCAGAAUGGGAAAAUAGUUGUCUGCUCCAUUCACCAACCCAGUGGUGACAUUUUUUAUCUAUUUGAUGAUUUGCUUUUGCUCUCAGGUGGGGAAACUGUUUAUUUUGGAAAAUCGAAGAAGGCUCUAAAGUUUUUUGCUGAUGCAGGGUUAUCCUGUCCUACUAGAAGAAAUCCUCCAGAUCAUUUCCUUCUAUGCAUCAAUCUGGACUUUGACUUGAUUGCUUCAGCUCUAGUAACAACCCAGCCAUCUUCAUCAAAUUCAGCACUGGGAAUGAAAAAAGCAGAGAUAAGAGAGAUACUCAUUCAGAGUUAUAAAAGCUCAGUGCUACCUGUCAAUAGAAGAAAAAUCCAACAACUGAAAUCUAAUGAAGAGAAAGAAAUUAAGACAAAUAUAGGAGGUAGCAGCACCACAUGGUGGAAGCAAUUGUGCACAUUGACUGUGCGAACUUUCCUGAACAUGAGAAGGGACAUUGGUUACUACUGGCUAAGGAUAAUAUUCUACAUGCUGGUAGCAAUCACUGUUGGCACCCUCUUUUUUAAUAUUGGCACGGGGAAAGACUCAAUUAUGGUUAGAGGAAAGUGUACAUCAUUUAUCUAUGGGUUCAUGGUCUGUUUGUCAUGUGGAGGAUUACCAUUUUUCAUUGAAGAAUUGAAGGUGUUCUAUGGUGAAAGAUCCAAAGGGCAUUAUGGAGAGGCUGCAUUUGUAGUAUCAAACAUGAUAUCAUCAUUCCCUUUCCUUGUUCUAAUAUCACUCUCCUCUGGAACAAUCAUUUACUUCAUGGUGCAAUUUCAUCCGGGAUUAAUUAAUUAUGCAUUUUUAUGUGUCGACUUAUUCUUCUCCCUAUCUAUUGUUGAGUGCUGCAUCAUGAUUGUAUCCUCAGUGGUCCCCAAUGUGCUGAUGGGCUUAGGAACAGGAACUGGUGUAAUUAUCCUCAUGAUGAUGCCCUCCCAAAUUUCAAGACGAUUACCUGACAUUCCAAAGAUCUUCUGGCGCUAUCCCAUGUCCUACCUCAGUUUUGCUCAUUGGGCAGUGCAGGGACAGUACAAGAAUGACAUGCUGGGGUUGGAAUUUGAUCCUUUGGUGCCAGGAAACCCCAGAGUUAGUGGAGAACAAGUCCUGGAAUCGAUACUUGGGGUUCCAUUGGAUCAUAGCAAAUGGUGGGACUUAACAGCAUUGGCUGUCUUAUUAGUAGCUCACAGAUUGGUUCUUUACCUGGUGCUUCGCUAUGUCACAAGAUCUAAUUCACCUAAGCUGUGGUUUUAUGCCAAGAAAACUCUACGCUCUGCUCAAAAAUGUUUCUUCAAGAAGAAGCCAUCUACUUUCUCCAGGAGAGAAGCUCAUGCUCCAUUAUCAUGCCAAGAGGGUCUUAUGUUACUGGAUCAGCAUCUCAAGGAGACCAACUCCUGCAUUGAAACUUCACGUGAUGAAGGAAUAGUUGAACAAAACUUUGUGGAGCAAGUGUAA